UUGGGGGCGGGAAAGGGGGAGAUGCAGAGGUCUUUAGGACCCAGCAGGCGGCGGCAGGCGGCAGUUGUGUAGAUCACUGAGAGACUACGAGGGUCCGGUUCAGUUUUAAUUCUGUCUCUAAUCUCUGCAACAGCCGCUCUUCCUGGGUCCCGCGGCUCUCCUACCCACUCAGCCGCGGCUGGCAGCCGGGCGAAAAUCAGAGCCUCCCGCCCCCCCAUCACCCACCAUGGAAACCCUCCAAGAAAAAGUGGCUCCGGACGCGUGUGCCUGAGGAUUCCUCACAAAAGAGGUGCCCAAAAUGAAGACCCUGAUGCGCCAUGGUCUGGCUGUGUGUUUAGCGCUCACCACCAUGUGCACCAGCUUGUUGCUCGUGUACAGCAGCCUCGGCGGCCAGAAGGAGCGGCCCCCGCAGCAGCAGCAGCAGCAGCAGGCAGGGGCGACCGGCAGCGCGCAGCCGUCGGCGGAGAGCAGCCCCCCCUCGAGACCCCGGAUCCCCGCGGCACCGCGGCCGUUGGACGGAUACCUCGGCGUGGCGGACCAUAAGCCCCUGAAAAUGCACUGCAGGGACUGUGCCCUGGUGACCAGCUCGGGGCAUCUGCUGCACAGCCGCCAAGGCCCCCAGAUCGACCAGACCGAGUGCGUCAUCCGCAUGAACGACGCCCCCACGCGCGGUUAUGGGCGCGACGUGGGCAACCGCACCAGCCUGAGGGUCAUCGCGCACUCCAGCAUCCAGAGGAUCCUCCGCAACCGCCACGACCUGCUCAACGUGAGCCAGGGCACCGUGUUCAUCUUCUGGGGCCCCAGCAGCUACAUGCGGCGCGACGGCAAGGGCCAGGUCUACAACAACCUGCAGCUCCUGAGCCGCGUGCUGCCGCGGCUGAAGGCCUUUAUGACCACGCGCCACAAGAUGCUGCAGUUUGAUGAGCUCUUCAAGCAGGAGACCGGCAAGGACAGGAAGAUCUCAAACACUUGGCUCAGCACUGGCUGGUUCACAAUGACAAUUGCACUGGAGCUCUGUGACAGGAUCAAUGUUUAUGGCAUGGUGCCCCCAGACUUCUGCAGGGACCCCAAUCACCCUUCAGUACCUUAUCACUAUUACGAACCUUUUGGACCUGAUGAAUGUACAAUGUACCUCUCCCACGAGCGAGGACGGAAGGGUAGUCAUCACCGCUUUAUCACAGAGAAACGCGUCUUUAAGAACUGGGCACGGACAUUCAACAUUCACUUCUUUCAACCAAACUGGAAACCAGAAUCACUUGCUAUAAAUCAUCCUGAGAAUAAACCUGUGUUCUGAGGAAUGAGUGUGCCAGACCGAAAUCUCAAGUACGUACUGUAUCAGACACCAGGCCACUGAAUUUUCUGAGCCACUAGACACAAAAGAGGGACAAAACUGCGAGCAGGAAACUCCUCCAGAAGCAACAUGUACAGAUGCCUGUGAGGCAUGACUACCAAGCAGUGCAGUUGGUUUGUAAGGAGAAAUUCCAGAAUUAAUAUGUCCUAAUGAGUAUCAUCCCUUUCAAAAGGGGUUACCUUAGGAGCUAACCACUCAUUUCAGUGAUGCUGCCAUGGCUAAAAAUCAUUCUGGAUCUCUUAAGUAUUGCCUUCAAAACUGAAACACAAGCAACUCAACAAUGUUAGUUGUAUUCCUUUAUAGAAAUACCACAUCAAAAGACAUUUUUCUAUCAAGUUGUAUCCUAACCUGAUCUAUAAUCUUUGUCAUCUGUUGGGCUCUGUGUGUGUGAUUUGUAAAAAAAAAAAAAAAAAAAAAGAAAAAAAAAAAAAAGCAGCCUGAAAGUAUGGACAUGAUUUCUGAAGAGCACAUCUCCACUGACUUUCAUAAAACAAAUGCCCAAUAUUUAUUUACUGAGAGUUUUUUAGUGCACUCUAGGCCAGUAUUUUUAUAGAUUAUGAUUAUGUGGUAAUUUAUCCUUCUUAACUCUUUUAUCCUGAAUGAUGGUUGGAAAACACCUAGAAUAGGGUUGGCGAGUGACUGUGUUCACGAUGCUCACUGUUAGCAUGCCAUUGGCUUGGAAAUGUUGCAUUGUAUUUUUUGAACCCUUAGGCUUCAAGAAUAGCCAUGACAUUUUCUAACAUAAGGAAAUGUUCUAAAUGACAAAAUUGAAAACCAAAAACUGUGUUAUUACAACAAAACAAUACUAACAAAAGAAACUUAAAGAUAGUUGUCUUUAGUAAUAGUUGAUGUAGGUUACCUGACGUAAAACCCUCGUUUUCUUGUCUGACAAUGAUGUCCCUGUACCAGACGACCGCAUACUUUUCCUUCCAAAUGUAACAUUCUGUGAGCCUCUCGUUGACGCAUUUAAGGACUUUGCACUUGGAAUGAUGGGGCUUCUGCAGUAGCAAAAGCCUGAUUAUAGGGGAUCUUUUCAUUCCCCUGCUAUCUAUCUCCCUCUGUGGUUAAAAACAUAACUUCCUUCCUGGUCCCCAUUGGCUACAAACUGCCCCCCUGCUUUUCUGGUGUUUCUUGCACCACAAAAAAAAAAAAAAAGAAAAAAGGAAAAAACCGAGAAAGACAGAGAACUGUGAUGGUCCCUGGCUCCAGGAACAAGGAACUGUCUUUGAAUCAGUGAGAAGAUAAUACAAGGAGAUUCCCUAGCAUACGACUCAUUUAUCCUGUGAACUCUUCAGAUUCACUCAUUGCAAGUCAUACAUACAUUAUAUUCACAGCCAUUCCCUGGUCUGGAGGAGUAUGAAGGACUUAUUUUAUUCAGGGCCAAGAUAUCAAUUACUAGGAAAGAUCUUCGUUUAAGCUGGUGAUAUUCUUCAAAAAUAGUCUUUUUAAAAAAUAUACCAGUGUUUUCUUUACACAUGACUUAGAAGGCGUUAGCUUUUCCAAUGUUAGAUUUGAAGGCACCAGCAAGUAUUAUGUAUGGACUGACAGUGUUUUACAGAACAUGACCUGACCUGUGAUUAAAGAAGGUUUCUCACAUUGCCACUUCCUUUCCCUUUCCUUAAUUACUGCUAAGAUUCCAUUCCCUUGCACUAACUAGUACUAUUAAUUAUAUGGAGUGCUGUGCUUGAGAUGCAGACAUAGUCCAGAUAUUUAUACAGCAGAAACAAAGUUGGUAUUAUCGUGGUCUAGCUUGAGCUGUUAAAAGCCAAUACAAUUGAAAUGUAUGUGUUCUUUAAAUUUUCUCAUCGCUUUUAAAGAGACUGUAGAAUUUUAUUCCAGCACAGCCUUCUGCAGCAUGGACUCUAAACACACGAUACUUUGUGAACGUAUGAAAAAGAGCAUGAAUUUCAUGAUUGAUUUAUAGGCCACCUUUACCAUCGCUUGAAGACAUUAUUUGUUCAGAUGUAAGUGGGCUCCUUUAACAAGUUUUAUUUUUAUGGAAAUUUGGAAAGGCAUACUUGGGACAUGUGAAGAUAUAGCUGUAUUACCUACUCUAAUAAUAUCUCAAAUGCCUGUGUUAUCUUUAGGUUUUAGGAUUUGUUUUUUGGGGUUUUUUUGUUUGUUUUUUAAAGACCAUCUGACAACUCCCAUCUUUUUUGCAACUUCUUCCUCCCAAAUACUCAAAAGAGUGAAAAGCAACCAAAUUCUGAAAUUCCUGGCUUCACUGGGGCCAUAGCUUAAAUCUAAACGUAGCUAAGAUAUGUAUGUGGAUUUAUAUUUUUAAAAAUAUGGUAUAAAUAAGUACAAGAAUUAUCACAUGGGCAGUGGUUUUUAUUAUAGCAUUUAAAGAAAAUGCCUAGAACUCUGAUAGAUUGUGCUGACGGUCCUGACUGUGGGCAAUUGAAUUCUUAUCUUGCCAGUGUCGUUUAGUGACUAUGGGUCUCAACACCAUUCAGCACCAUUAAACAUCAGCUCUGAUAUAAAAGGUGACUACAGAACCAUGUUUACAGACCUCAGUGAUUUCAAUAUCCAUUUGUGUUGGAAGCCUUAGUCAGACUCGUUAUGUUACACACCUUUUUCUUCUUUCCCAACUGUGUCAUCAGCUACCUCCUAGCUUUUAAGACCACAAUAAUACAAAGCCACAGCUGGCCGAUCCAUGGCGUCUGUUAUCUCAACGCAAGAACAUUUGGCAGAGGCCAUUACAAUAGAUAGCCAUUAUGGGCAAAGAUACAGGAAUUCACAAACAAAAUCAAUCACUUCAAAUGGCCCAUAAAAAGAGGAAUCUUACAUUUAAUAUUCUACAGUAAAUAUUCACCCAAGAAAGCGUACAUUAAAAGAACAUUAGGAGGUAAAUAUUCAGUGUGCUGCAUGGGGACUUUGCUGUGUGAUUUCCAUUAUGGUUAAUGGGUGUUUGGUAACUAAGUCCCUGUGCUUCACUAACCCUGGUAUGUGCUAACCUAAGGGCUAGACAUAAAACCAGAGCGAUUCAGGAACUUCCAAGGUCCUAAGACUUCAGAGUGAGAGCUUUUCUUCAAAAAAUAAAUGAAAGCAAAACACAAAAUACUGCACCUGAAAGAGAAAUUUGUGUGUGGUCUCUUGGAAUCCUUAAAUUACUGCCAGGUAUGUGUAUGUGUAUCAGAUUCCAAACAAUGCCUCUCAAGACAGAUUACCUUUGUGUGCUGAAAUAGUCUCCAUUACUGAUCUAUUUUAAUUACAUUAAAAUUGAAGGAUAUAACCUCAUUCUGAAAUAAGAACUCACCUCAAAAGUUAAAAUUAUUGACUUGGAAGCUAAAUGAAUGGUAGGUACAAGUGAAAGGAACACAUUGGAAUUCGGUCAGGAUUAAUGCACUGUGAUUUGAAUACAUAGGUACCUGUUUAACACCCACACAAAUAUUUGCCCUUAUGUAGGAGUGACCUCAUUUUGGAAAUAUACUCUGAAUUCCACUGGAGUGAAGAUUCAGAGUAUUAAAUAGAUUUACGUUGAGAUCUCUAUGCUCUUUACAGUGUUAGGAGGUGAUCUUCUAACAUAUGUCAUAUGUCAUACCUGAUCCAGUGAUUCCUUCCAUCCUCCCUGCUUCUCUCUUGAACCUCAGUUCCAUCUUUCUGCUGUCAUUCUCUCCUGAUUGUCUUCUUUUGUUUACACUGGGCUUUUAAGCCAGCAGUCUUUGGAGGCUGUUAAGGUAUUCCUUGUAGGUUUUUAAACUAGAGACCUACUUGGGGACCAGAUUCAGGGUAGGCCCUGCCAGGCAAUGACCAUCGCAGGUGGGACGACUACAUCUGGCUAUGGGACUGGGUACUUCAGAAGUACCAUCCGGGUUUGACCCCAGGCUGGAGGAAGUAGGGAGGGGAGGAGUUUCAGGACAGAUUUUCUGUGCUAAAACUAGGACAAGUCCCAGGCAAACUGGGACAGUGGGUCACCUUAUCAGAAGGACACCUCAAAGAGUACUAUAAUACUUAGGCCUUGGGGGGAAAAGUGAAUCUGCUACCUAGGUUCUAGGACAUCCAGAAAAUACUUUGGAGUGGAAAGAGAUGAGAGAGGGUCUAUAGGCUUAAAAAACGAGCAGGAGGAAGCCCUCUAUUCUAGCCCACUCAUCCCUACCUACUCAGGGUAUUGAGCCGCCAUAGAAAAGCAAAAAAAGGCUGUGAUUGUGUUUGUUUUUACUCAGUGCCCUAAUAUUAUAUGCUACCUUGAAUUGUCCUUGUCUCUUUAUGUAUGUGUCCUGUUAGUCUCUUUAGAUUGUAAGCUCUUUGAGAGCAGGGACUGUUUUUCCUUUGUCUUUGUAGCCCCCUGCCUAGUACAGUGCCUUGCACCCAGUAGGCGCUCAAUAAAUGUCUGUUGUUGAUGAUGACCUCUUAA